AUGGUUUUAAAUAAAAAGUCACCAGUUGCAGGACGUAAAGAAGAAGCCAAGGUUAAAAGAACAAGAACAAGAUCUGGCUGUCAUAAUUGUAAACGUUCGAAAGUUAAAUGUGAUGAAAUAAAACCUUCAUGUACUUUAUGUCAAAACUCAAGAAAAAAGUGCGAUUAUUCAGUUCAUCUUAUUUGGGGUGGUAGACCAUAUAAAAAGAAGAGAGAUAAUGUGUAUGGAUUCGCUACUAUUGAUACUUUUAAGAAACCAGAUACAGUCUCAUUGGAUUUAAAAAAUGGGAAAUUGGGGAAAAAGAAUGAUAAUAAUUAUGGUCAAAUAACAUCUGAUUUUUCAGAUAAUUCAAGCUCAGCUAAUUUAAUACCAGAAGUCCCAAAUAAUAAUGAAAUAUUAAACCCAAUUACCCAGGAUAGUAUUACAAAUGGUAACCCUUUAGAUCAAAUAUUUGAUCAUGAUCAUAUUCAUAUUGAAAAUCAAUUUGAUUUAAAUCCUGACUUAUCUGAUUUACAAAGUUCUUGUGGAGCUAUUAAUACUUUAAAUUUCGAAAAUUCUAAAAUAUUUGAAGAGAUGGAAACUACAAAUGUUACAGCAAAAGAAUUCUUAAAUGAUUUCAUAUUACCAGAUUUAAAUCUAUUUACAAAUAAUUAUCAAUCUUCAAGUUAUUUAAAUGAAUUAAAUCCAAGAAUUCAAGAAUUAGAACAAAAUCAUGAAAAUUUAAUCGAUGAAGAAAGUUUAAUAUCUAGAAAUAUGUUUUCAAAUAUAUCACAGACCUCUUCUUCCAAUUCAAGUUUAAUUGAUUAUAAUAUUGCAUCAACAGAAAAAGAAGAAGAUUUAUUAACAGGAUUUGAAUUUAUUCCAUAUUCAUUUCUUCCAUUACCUGAUAUGCUUUUAAAAGCACCAUAUUUUAGAGAAAAUUUCCAUAUAUUUGUGGAAAUUGUAUCAGUUACAAUUGUUGUUGCACCACCUGUAAUUUAUGAAAAUAAUCCAAUUAAAAAAAUUCUUCCUCAAAUGGCUAUAUCAUCAUAUACAGAUGGUAUGCUUGCCCUAUUAGUUGCUACUGGAAUAAUGCAAAGUUGUGUUUAUCGUGGUGAACAACAUCCCAAAGGUAUAGUUAAUAUGUUAUUAAAGAAAUCUUUAAAUGAUUUAUAUAAUCGUCUUACAGAUGUUAAUGAAGCAAAUUCAGAUUAUACAUUAGCUUUGGUUAUGAUGUUUGCAUGUUUUGGAUCUAUAUUUAGUGAACGUAAAGAUUGGAGAGCUCAUCAUAAUGGUGCUAAAAACAUUAUACUUGCAAGAGGACUCAUAAAAACUAAUAAUGAAAUCCACAAUGAAAACACUCAAAAAAGAAAAAUUGUUACAUUAGGACGUUCUGGUGAUGAAAAUGAUAUUGUGUUUUUCCUUUCUCGUUGGUUUGCUUAUAUUGAUGUUAUUGGUUCAUUAUCUUCAUCAUUAAAAUUUUCAACUCCUAUUGAACAAGAUAAUCAAUUAUUAUGGGAGGCUCAAGAUGUUAGUGAAAAGGAUAUUCUAGAAUUAAGAGACAUUGAUCAACUUUCUGGUUUGGAUUUAAGAUUAUUAAGUCAUCUUUCCAAAAUUUUAUCAUUGAUUAAAGAACGUGAAUGUUAUUAUAAAGAAAAAGAUCAAGAUUUAUCAAAAAAUUCAAAUGAACCAUCAAUAAUUGAAAGAGCAUUAGAAGUUAAAGAUGAUUUAUUAAAAUGUCUUGAAAUUUUUGAAAAUGAAAGAACAAAAGUUGUACAACAAGUUAUCAUAAGACAAGACCCGGCAAAAUUAAUUAAAUUAAAAGAAUAUGAAACAAUGAGAGCUGUUAAUAAAGCAUUAAUUUAUGCAGGUGUAUUGCAACUUUAUAGAAGAGUUUUAUUAAUUUCAAGAAAUUCUAAAUUAGUUCAAAAUAUGAUCUUUGAUAUAACUGAAAUUUUAAGAGCAAAAGUUGAUAGAGAUACACAUACUUCAUUUUGUACAAUAUUUGCACUAAUUACUGCAGGAUGUGAUGCAAUUGAUGAAGAUACAAGAUUCUUCUAUGCAGAUCGAGUUUAUGCAUUGGGUCAAAGAGGAUUUAGAUUUGGUUAUGAGGCUCAUAAAGUGAUGUUGGAAAGUUGGAAUACAGGUAAGUUUUGGAUUGAUAUUAUAACUGAAAGAAAUAUUGAUUUUGGAUUCUUUUAA